GCGGAGGGCGAGCCCGCGCCCUUCCCGGUCCCCAGCGCCGCCCCUGCGCCCGGCCGGUGCGCCGCGCGGGCCGAAUCGCAGCGUCUCACACUUUCCCCGCCGGACCCGUGGCGGGGACGACCCGCGAGCUCCGGGGGCGGGGGUGCCCGGGGGACCGGGGGUGGUGGGGGGAGGCUGGGGCGGGGCGGUUCGGCCGGACCCGGGCCGCCCGCGCCCCCCUCCCCGCGGCCCCCCCCAACACGUCCCUGCCGGCUCGGAGAAGGGGGCAGGCCGGCACGUCUCCCCACACCCCUCCCCGCUGCCGGCGGCUUUGGGGCCCCGGUGGGGAGCAGGGGGCUGAUUAGCAGAGGAGCAGGGGUGUGGCCAGCGGGGCCCCGGGUAGUGAGUCACACACGCUGCUCGCCCAGUCCCGGGGCCGAGCGCGCUCGCAGCCCGAGCUGAGCGCUGCCCUGACCCGAAGAGUGUCCCCGGGCUUGGCAUGAGGACCCUGGGGUGCCAAGGGAGGGGCUGAAGCCCAGCGCGGUGGUGGAGGAGGGCGGACAGAAUGACUGAGAACAUGAAGGAGUGCCUGGCACAGAGCACGGCGGCGGUGGGGGAGAUGGUGACAGUGGUGAAGACGGAGGUCUGCUCUCCGCUCCGGGAUCAGGAGUAUGGCCAACCCUGCUCUAGGAGAUCAGACCCCUCGGUCAUGGAAGUGGAGCCCAGGAAACUGAAGGGAAAACGUGACCUCAUCAUGCCCAAAAGCUUCCAGCAAGUGGACUUCUGGUUCUGUGAGUCCUGCCAGGAAUACUUUGUGGAUGAGUGCCCGAACCACGGUCCCCCAGUGUUUGUGUCUGACACACCGGUGCCCGUGGGCAUCCCAGACCGGGCCGCCCUCACCAUCCCCCAGGGCAUGGAGGUGGUCAAGGAAGCCAGUGGGGAGAAUGACGUGCGUUGCAUAAAUGAGGUCAUCCCCAAGGGCCGCAUCUUCGGCCCCUAUGAGGGGCAGAUCUCCACCCAGGACAAAUCAGCUGGCUUCUUCUCGUGGCUGAUUGUGGACAAAAACAACCGCUACAAGUCCAUAGAUGGGUCAGAUGAGACUAAAGCCAACUGGAUGAGGUACGUGGUCAUCUCCCGGGAGGAGAGGGAGCAGAACCUGCUGGCCUUCCAGCACAGCGAGCGCAUCUACUUCCGGGCCUGCCGGGACAUCCGGCCGGGGGAGCGGCUGCGCGUCUGGUACAGCGAGGACUACAUGAAGCGCCUGCACAGCAUGUCCCAGGAGACCAUCCACCGCAACCUGGCCCGAGGAGAGAAGAGGUUGCAGAAGGAGAAGUCUGAGCAGGCUCUGGAUAACCCAGAAGACCUGAGGGGUCCCCUUCAGCUCCCCGUGUUGAGACAGGGCAAAAGUCCCUACAAGCGUGGCUUUGACGAGGGGGAUGUGCACCCCCAGGCCAAGAAGAAGAAGAUUGACCUCAUUUUCAAGGAUGUGCUAGAGGCCUCACUGGAAUCCGCAAAGGUAGAAGCCCACCAGCUCGCCUUGAGCACUUCCCUGGUUAUCAGGAAGGUCCCCAAGCACCAGAAUGACGCCUACGGUCAGUGUGCAAUGACGAUGUCGCACGGCGUGCAGAAUGCCAGUCGGACCCAGGGGGACGGGGACUGGAAGAUCCCCCAAGGGGCUUCCAAGGAGGCAGGCCCCCUGGAGGACGAAGAGGAGGAGCCUUCGUCGUUCAAGGCCGACAGUCCCGCUGAGGCCUCCCUUGCGUCCGACCCUCCCGAGCUGCCCACCACCUCCUUUUGCCCCAACUGUAUUCGCCUAAAGAAGAAGGUCCGGGAACUCCAGGCUGAACUAGACAUGCUUAAGUCUGGCACGCUUCCUGAGCCCCCCACCUUGCCAGCGCAGGUCCUGGAGCUCCCCGAGUUCUCAGACCCCGCAGCCUCAGAGAGCAUGGUCUCCGGCCCGGCCAUCAUGGAGGACGACGACCAGGAGGUCGAUUCCGCAGACGAGUCCGUCUCCAACGAUAUUAUGACGGCCACCGACGAGCCCUCCAAGAUGUCCUCGGCCACCGGGCGCCGGAUCCGGCGCUUCAAGCAGGAGUGGCUGAAGAAGUUCUGGUUCCUGCGGUACUCCCCGACCCUCAACGAGAUGUGGUGCCACGUCUGCCGCCAGUACACGGUGCAGUCCUCGCGCACCUCCGCCUUCAUCAUCGGCUCCAAGCAGUUCAAGAUCCACACCAUCAAGCUGCACAGCCAGAGCAACCUGCACAAGAAGUGUCUGCAGCUCUACAAGCUCCGCAUGCACCCCGAGAAGACGGAGGAGAUGUGUCGAAACAUGACCCUGCUCUUCAACACCGCCUACCACCUGGCCCUGGAGGGCCGGCCCUACCUGGACUUCCGGCCGCUGGCCGAGCUGCUGCGGAAAUGCGAGCUCAAGGUGGUGGACCAGUACAUGAACGAGGGAGACUGCCAGAUCCUCAUCCAUCACAUCGCCCGGGCGCUGCGUGAAGACCUGGUGGAGCGCAUCCGCCAGUCGCCAUGCCUCAGCAUCAUCUUGGAUGGGCAGAGCGAUGACCUGCUGGCCGACACGGUGGCGGUCUACGUCCAGUACACCAGCAGCGACGGGCCCCCGGCCACGGAGUUCCUGUCCCUGCAGGAGCUGGGGUUCUCCAGCACAGAGAGCUAUCUGCAGGCGCUGGACCGGGCCUUUUCCGCCUUGGGCAUCCGCUUGCAGGACGAGAAGCCCACCGUGGGCUUGGGCAUAGACGGGGCCAACGUCACAGCCAGCCUACGGGCCAGCAUGUUCAUGACGAUCCGCAAGACGCUGCCCUGGCUGCUGUGCCUGCCCUUCAUGGUACACCGGCCCCACCUAGAGAUCUUGGACGCCAUCAGUGGGAAGGAGCUCCCCUGCCUGGAGGAGCUGGAGAACAACCUGAAGCAGCUGCUCAGUUUCUACCGCUAUUCCCCGCGCCUCAUGUGCGAGCUGCGGUCCACGGCGUCCACGCUGUGCGAGGAGACGGAGUUUCUGGGGGACAUCCGGGCUGUGCGGUGGAUCAUCGGCGAGCAGAACGUCCUCAACGCCCUCAUCAAGGACUACCUGGAGGUGGUCGCCCACCUCAAGGAUGUCAGCAGCCAGACCCAGCGGGCGGACGCCUCGGCCAUCGCCCUGGCUCUGCUGCAGUUCCUCAUGGACUACCAGUCCAUCAAGCUUAUCUACUUCCUCCUGGACGUGAUCGCCGUGCUCUCGCGCCUGGCCUAUGUCUUCCAGGGCGAGUACCUCCUGGUGUCACAGGUGGACGACAAGAUCGAGGAGGCCAUCCAGGAGAUCAGCCGGCUUGCCGACUCCCCCGGGGAAUACCUGCAGGAGUUCGAAGAGAACUUCCGGGAGAGCUUCAACGGGAUUGCCAUGAAGAACCUCAGGGUGGCUGAAGCCAAGUUCCAGUCCAUCCGCGAGAAGAUCUGCCAGAAGACCCAGGUGAUCCUAGCUCAGCGGUUCGAUUCCCGCAGCCGGAUCUUCGUGAAGGCCUGCCAGGUGUUCGACCUGGCCGCCUGGCCCCGGAGCAGCGACGAGCUCCUGAGCUACGGCAAGGAGGACAUGGUUCAGAUCUUUGAUCACCUGGAGGCCAUCCCCACCUUCUCCCGGGAUGUCUGCAGGGAAGGGCUGGACCCCCGGGGGAGUCUGCUGAUGGAAUGGCGGGAACUCAAGGCUGAUUACUAUACCAAAAACGGCUUCAAAGACCUGAUCGGCCACAUUUGCAAGUACAAGCAGCGGUUUCCGCUCUUGAACAAGAUCAUCCAGGUCCUCAAAGUCCUCCCCACCUCCACCGCUUGCUGCGAGAAAGGCCGAAACGCCCUGCAGCGAGUUCGCAAAAACCACCGCUCCCGCCUGACUCUGGAGCAGCUCAGCGACCUGUUGACCAUUGCUGUCAACGGCCCUCCCAUCGCCAACUUCGAUGCCAAGCGAGCCCUGGACAGCUGGUUUGAGGAGAAGUCUGGCAACAGCUACGCCCUGUCCGCCGAGGUCCUCAGCAGGAUGUCUGCCCUGGAGCAGAAGCCGGCGCUGCAGACUGCGGACCACGGGUCAGAGUUUUAUCCGGAUAUUUAGGAAGCUGGCGUUGCAGAGUUCACUAAGCUGUUGAAUAUUUUUUUAAUCUAUACUCAUAAGCUUUGAUAUAUUAUAUAAAUAUAUAUUAUAUUAUAUAUAUCUAUAAAACCCACACUGAAAAAAAAAUUUUUAAAACCAAGGUGAGACAUCCACCAGAAGCUCCUGGGAGUUUUCAGAUUGGAAUAAUGUCGGAAACUGACUCUUGUCUACAAAAUUUGGCAGCUGUAACACACGUGGAAACUCAUUUUCACUCACAGAAGCAUGUGCUGGGGCUACACGGGCUCCCACCUGACUGUCAACCAACUCGCAUAAGCUAAAAUGACGGGUCUGUCAUCGCCUUUAGGUAGCUCGUUUUGUUUAUGUUCUUGUUUGGGGGUUGAGGGGUUUGGGUUUGGGUGUAUGUUCUUGCCUUUUUUAUUUUUUCUUGUUUGGUUUUACGAGGGGGAUCUCUUGGCCUCUUGGCUUACAUGCUGGUCCGGCAGAAUCAGACCUCUGAUCUUUGGAUAGGGUGAGCUGUGUAUCCGGAUCAGGGUGUUCAACCUUUUCCCCCUCCCAGCCGGCUUGAGAGGUUUUCAUUCAUUCCCUGAUGAGCGUUCCUUCACUGUCUCUGAAUCAGAAGUGUCGGUCAGACUGUGACACCUGCCAGUCCCCACCUGUGUCACCUCUCCCGUCCCUGGGCUGUUGAGUCCCUCCUUCCAGUCCCCUGGAUGCUAAACAUUUUACCUGUUAUAUCAAAGGUAAAACUGCCUCACAACGGAGCUUGAAAUCCUGGGGCAAAGGGAGGACGUGAGCCCUUUGCAUUCCUGUUUUUUACCUGGUGUGGGAGACCAUAACAGAAUUCCAUUCAGAUCCAGGGAAUGUGGGGGAAAUGCAGAGCCAAGAAGUCCAGACCCCAGUAGGGCAAUGAUUUUUGGCUAAAAACACGUAAAAUGAAAAGUAUGUAUUCAAUUUACAUGAAUUAUUUAUACUCUGUCUUUAUAAUCGUAUUAUGUGUUUGGGGGUAUAUUAUUUUUUCCUUUAAUAAUUGAGAAAUGCCUGCUAGAGUUCAGUGGCAGGAGAUGUCAAUGCAAGUUGUGCCCUGGGUUAUGCAUAACUCUGAUGAGAGUCUCUAGAGAUUGGGUUCUUCUUUUGCAAUAAGGCUGAUGACAAGCCCUGAAGCCUGGCAGGAAGGUAGUGGAAAAGUGGGGAAUGCGUCUAUGCCUGCAAACGCUUCCUUUUUUGAACAGGGUAGAGAUGUCCUCAAAGAAAGGAAUAAACAAGAAGUCAGACAGGACUCUCAAGGCAUCAGCCUACACACACACACACACACACACACACACACAGCUGCGAUAUAAGCUUUAGAAAUAGCCACUUGCCUACUCCCUGAGGCAAGUAGUGGUUUCAUCUAGAGGAGUCUUGAUCAAUGCUCUUUUGUUCAUUUAAUUACCAGUAUACCUCGCAAGGGAGUUUUUUUUAAACAAAUGUGCGUGAGCUGUUAAAAACUUCUGUCCGUGUUUCCACAUCUGAUGUAUGCAUAUCUGAUCUGCAGAGGUCCUACAUUGUGGAUGCAGGUUAUAUUUGGGGGACAGGAGGAAGACCCGCAUUGUCUAUAGUCUGUCUAUAGGAGCCACCCCUCUCAUUUGGCAGAGGGUGGGCAAAGGAUGGGAUGAUCUGGCCACAGGCAAGGCCUCGGUGUCCCCAGCCUGCUCGGCUCAGACAUUAGAAAACUGUGGUGGCUCCCUCCCUUCUUGGUUUAUCUUGUCUCUGAGGCCUCAUGCCACCGAUGAGAGCCGGAGGGGAACUGUCAGCGACACUGAACACGUCACCCCUUCUUCCUUGUCCCGCCAGACCUUCACCCCCCACAGACCCCCUCCCCCCACCCCCAUGGUCUUGGUGCUAUGAUAACUUUAGAAUCAUUGCUGCUAGUCAAUAGCUUUUCAUUAUAUAAAUAUAUUAUAUAUAUUAUAUAUUAUUUUUGAAACUUUUUUUGUUUUCAACAGUGAUGUAGCAUGUUAAAACAAAACCAACUGGUUUUCUCCGACUGUCCCACUGCCAGGCCUCAUAUGCUGCCUUCUUCAACAAAUCAAUGCACCCCUGCCUGGUGACAUUCACCCCUCACCCCCGCUCCCCAGUCUCACACGCUUUCCCACCCUCCUCUGAACAAGGAGAGAGUUAGCAGGAGCCUUCAAGGAAAGACCCAAAGCCCUUUCUCCAGCUUUGAAAUUCCCAACCUCAUGCACGUCACUUUAAGCCGAUGUCUUCUCCUGCCAUCCCCCUCGUCCGAUCAGGGUCAGUAUCUGUGGUCAAGUGCAAAGCACAAGGGUCCACCUUUCCCUCCUCGACUUCCUCUCCACCACGCACCCAAUCUAUCAGGUCUGUGGGAGAGCUCCCUCUGGACAUCACACGGACCAAGAUGGGUCGAGGAGGAGCAGAGAUGACUGGCAAGGUGGGCCUCCAUAGGGAUCAGAAACAGUAGUCGGGAUCCUUUCUUCUAGCCAACAGAUGCCUUACGUCUCCCCCUGCCCACCCCUGUGCCUCCCCACCCACUACAUCAGGAGACAGGGAGUCAUCCCCUAGACCACCACUCAUCUGAAAACCAGGAGGAAAGACUCUCUGAUGGCCGCCUGAGUACUGUGGCAGGGCCACAACUGUUUGCUCUCAGGAGGCCAUGGCCAAAAUUAGCUCAAAUUUUUAUCCAGAGGGGAAAGAAUCCUUUGGGCCAAUGCCAGUGUCUACCUUAUCAUUUCAGAGGAGCGGGAGCCAGCCACCCAGGCUCCACACCUCGGAGAGGUUGGGCUCUCUGGAGAUUCCCGAAGUUUGGGAAGGCAUCUCGAAAACUUCAGGUGCUCAUGGCAGUCUGAAGGCCACUUUGCCUGGGGACAGGGAGCAAUUUGGGUGACACACCACUACAAUUGACCCAGAGUCUUUACCCUCAGAAGUUCCAGUGUUUCUAUCCUGUGAAUGCUGCGUGCAAUUACCCGUGGUUUUCACCCCAGGCGUUUCCACUCUCUGCCUUCGAGAAGGACUCCUGGGGUGUGGGGACUCUUGGGGUCUGCCCACGUGCUUGGGCAGUCUAACCUCUCGUCGAUGAGUAUUAAAAGCUGUGGCCAGGUGAUCCUUGUAUGCUGAUAGACAAGAGACAGAGCCCUUAAAUUCAACCCCUGGCUUACGAGUGACAACCAUUGACUUAGAAAAAAAUGUUCGUGUCUCUGGAGUCAAGCUUGUUCUCAUUGGGUUGACCAAUUAGUGUUUUUCUUCGGUUCAUGGAGUGGGUGGGAAAUGAGAUCAGGUCUGUGGCUGAUGGUGCCAAGCAGAUACAUCACAGAGCUUGGGAGCCAGAAACCCUUGUGAUUAAACAUGGUCUGCUUUUUCUCAAUGGAGGGAAAAAACAAAAAGACCCAUUGCCAUCUUGUAUCUGUCUGUGAAAUGUGAGGCAGCCCAGCCCUGUCUACAACUCUUGCCGCUUCCCAAUUUCCAAGUUUCAGCUGCCUGGUUGGGUAUUACAGUCUGGGCAUCCACGACACCAGCUACUUUAUUUGUUUGUUUCUUCUUGGAUGGCCGCUGGGCACAUCUAGUGCUGGGCAGACCCUCAUUUCCUCAUCCUCACUGAAGGAUGGGCGGAGGCUCUGUCUCCUGGAUCCCUGGUUUGUUGCAUUCAGUGCUGAGCCCUGAAUCUGGGCGGUUGGAGGUCUCCACCCUGGUCCCUGCCUAGUGUUUCCCUGUUGAGUUGGCUUGCUGAGCCCCCUCUCCUUGACUUGCUUAUGUUGCCCCUUUGACUUGGAGAAAGGACCUUGUAAUUAUUUAAGGUGAUGUUUAAAUAUUUUCCAUUUGUUUUGAAGUGUGGCCAAGAAGGAAAAAAUAGGCAAAAGUGUGUCGAGUGCUGAAAAUGAUCUGAGAGAGGCUGAAGUAGACCAGGCUGUGGAGUGGGCGCUAUUUUGGCUGUUUACUGAGGCCUCCCGGGGUCCAGAAAGUGGCUUGGGGGUUGAAACAGAACUUCUCGAUUCCUUCCCCUUUGUUUUCUCACCUGUGGGAACAGGAAUUCUGUAUCUAGAGCUCGUUGUGGCUUCCGGUCUGAUUUCCAAGUAGAAUUCAUGUUCUUUCUUGGUCCCUACAUCCAGUUUGGACAGAAGGCUCUGGCCCUCAUCCCCUCUCACCCUUUCAAGCAGCAGGCCAGCCUGGGACAGCCAAAGCAGGGAGGUCAGGCCUCCUUAGAUGAGAAAGGCAUGUUCACAAGGCAGGUGAGCUUGGGACAGCCCCAUUUCCACCGCCAUCCUCCCCGAGGGAGGCGGUGCUGGCUCAUGGCUUCUCGGCUGGCUUCCUCCUCCAGUCUUGAGGAGGGAAGAUUAUGUCCAGAGAUCCGCAGGGGCCCUUCUCCUGCUUGGAGGAAGGCCUCUCUCUGCUCUCUGUGGACAAGGUGCUUUAGCUGAGUGUCUGGAGCUGUAAUAUUUUAAGAAAGCUUUGAGGUGAUCUUUGUGUGUUAGCCAGAGGGAGAAAAAGUGCCCUUUCGGGAGGAAAAAUGGUACGGCCCUCCUCUUUUAUCUGGCCCUCCCCACCCCCACCCCAGCCCUUCAAGUGGUAUCGCCCUGGAAAUACCUAUGCAAUCCAGUCUCCCUAGGAGAGUGCAUGGAAGCAGGGGUAUGUGCAGUGUAUAAUACAAAUGCUACAGCAUAUAUAUUGUAUAUAUGGACAUAUGCAGUACGUAUACACACAGAGUAAGAGAUGAAAUCACGUCUAUAUAUCUAUAAAUAAUAUCCUAUAUAUUUAUACAUUUCUAUGUUUUAAAUAGAUAUAAAAAAUAGAGUCUAUAGAGAGCUGGGAGAGCACCGGGAAAGGCUGUCGCUGUGUUGUGAGAAGACGGAGGACAUGGAGCCUUGCGGGGCGCCCGGGGCAGCUGAGCAGGUGGGGUUUGCUGGGAACGGGGCCUCCUACCCGGAGUGUUGGAGAGGAGAAUAGCCAGGCCCUGGCCCUCUCCCGUGCACUUUUCUCUCCUUUCCCGCACGCAGGCUUAGUCUGAGGUCGAAAGGAGAUCCUCACCUGUUGGGCUCCCUCCAAAGUGUCCGCUUUGGCCCCCAACAAGCCUCCGCUUGGGUGGUCCCUGCUGCCCGGAAGUAGGGUGUGGCCUCUGACCCCCUGGGAGAGGGACACUGCACAAUCUCCCCCGAUGCCGCCCCCCUCGCAGGAACGGGCAGCAGUGGUGGCGAUAGGAGAGCUGCGAAUUGGACCGAGACGGGUCCAGGAGAGAUGCCGCCGCCCCACCUCCCCACUUUAGACGCUUUUUGCUGCCCUCCACCCCCGCCCUGGAGGCCAAGCCUCUGAAGUACAGCCGUCCUGGCCUCCCUCACCCACUCUUUCAUCGCCUGCCAGGGCAGCAUCACCAGUCAGCGCUGCCCACCAUCCAGAGGCUUUCCGGCCAGGGCAGGGGGGGUGUCAACUAAUGGGAAAGGGUGAGAGAGACAUAUCCGCACCCUCAUAAAUUCAGUGGCAACGCAAGUUCAGAAGCGGGGCUUUGGCCCAGCCCACUUUGCACAGCGGCUGCUCCUGGCUGCACUCGGGACAGCGGCCCCCACCCCUCUCCUGUGCCCAGUGACCCCUGGCCCCACCUGCGCCGCCGUUAACAGGCAGGUCUAGUUCACGUACACUGUUCUGAUUCUGUGACUCGAGGCAGAGGCUGAGCCAGACGCCCCAAGCUCAUCCAAGCUCAUCCACUUCCGCCGGGGAGGGCGCCUCCCUCGGCUUGGCCCAGCCCCCGCUCCUGGAUGACCGGGACGUCUGGGGGCCCGAGGGGGCACCGGUGCCACCGGCCGCGUGACGAAGGGCCUGUGCAGCCCUGACGGGAUCAGAAAUCCGUUUCACUUCCAGGUUCUUUCCCCGCCCUGGAGGUAGAGGAGGAAGGGCCGAUGGGGCCACAGAGGAUGGGAGAUAGAGGGUGGCCACACCCUCUGCCCUCUAAGUCAGCCUCUGCCUUUUUGCCUCGUCUCCGUCUCCCAGCCUCCUCUGACCUCCGUCCUACACUUCCAUACCAUUUACCAACGUACCUCAGUCUCCAGCAGAGCACCCCCCCAUACCCGCAGUCUGGGGCGGGGGGUGUCUGUUCUGCCAAUGCCCACCUCUUCUCCACUCCACGUCCACCCUGGUCUCCUUGAGCCACCGCUAGCUGCCAACCGGGUGUCCGAACACCCUCCAGUGCCUGGCUCAAGAGAGACCAGGCCCGGCCCGAGCUUUCCUCCCGCUGCGGGGGGUCAGACCUGUGGCCAGGGGAUGGGCAUCCUCGGGUAGCAAUCCCACAAUGCACUGUACCUCAGAGAGAGAGCAUCCUCGGGGCAUCAAGGGCGCCAGGCCCUCCAUCCAGAGGAGGAUGGCCGGUCACUACACUGCUCCCCAAAAGACAAGGGCCAGGCUGCCCUCGGGGCACCCUCAGUUUCUUCACUUUUGUCUCUCUGGAAGAGCCAGCAGUCUGAUUCCGUCUUUUUCAGCCCCGUUGUCUCUCUCCUCCUCUCCACCCCCACGCUGCUGAACCGUUUCAUUUCAAUCACAGAGGAAAAUAAAGUGGGGAUGGGGGGAAAUACCUAGGAGUCUAUUAUCACAUACAUAUUAAUAUGUUAAUACUUUCUUUCUUAAAAAAAAACAAACCCUCGAUGUUAUUAUUUUGCAGACUACGCUUUAUAGUACCUGUGUGACGGGACCUAGAACACUGGAUACAAAUAGAGCUAUGUUGGUUUAUCAUAAUAUGUACGCAGAAACUUUCCUUUUGUCAUAUUAUCCUUGUAAUGUAAGAAGAUUGUUAAUAAAAGCAUUUAAAUUUA